GCCCUUCGCCUCUUCUCGAUGAUCCGACCUGGAGAUAAGAUUCUCGUCCACAUUUCUGAUGGCAAAUCCUCCAUGGCUCUUCUACACUGCCUUCACGCCUACCAAGAACUGCUUCAGCAGGAAAGUACUGACCAGACUAACUCAAAUGUCUUCGAAAUUGGCACAGUUGUCGUCGCUCUGGCCUUUGAGAACUAUGAACUUAUGCCACUGGUCAAUUACCUAAAGGCACUUGGUGUGACGAAUUAUUACGAGAAGCAACAUAUGAAUAACUACUGCUCACACUCACUGGACCUCUGCUCGAGUUUGAAGCAGAAAGUCAUUUAUAACGUCGCCAGAAAGCACGGCUACAACGUGCUGGCUCUUGCUCAAAAUCUUGAUGACAUGGCCAUUAGUUUUCUCUCCUCGGUAUUUAACAACGGAAGCAUUCAAACUAUGGAGGCGAAUGUCGAACUAAAGGGCUUGCACCUUCGUCUGAUUCGACCCCUAGUAUUUUGUCGAGAAGCGACCAUAGAAGACUUCGUUAGUGCUUCAAGGAUGGAGCAAACAAGACUGAAAGAUAUUCUCGCAGCCGAGGAGAGUAACAAUCCCCACCUCUUCAACAGUAUAAUCAGCGCAAUCUCUCCACUGCUCCAUUUGUCUUCCCAGUCAGACGUCAUUUUGGACUCCGCCAAUGCAGGACAAUGUCGACAACCGAUCUGGAAGAAAGCUGAAAACUGA